AUGACGAGUGAAAGUGACACUGAUAAAGCUUCGGCUUCCACUCCAAAAAAGCAGCGCCUAGUAAGAGGUGAUUUGGUGAAAAAAAGAGAAGCACCGAUUAAAAAAAAUAUAGAGUUGGGUGGGAAAAUCACCCAAUAUUUAGCAGAUUCAAGACAGCAUUUAAAUAUUGAACAACUAUAUCUUGGAAUUGCUGUUGCAUCAAAAAUAAACACUUCUGAAAUAAAAGCGGGUAAACAACAGCGCACAGAGUUCCUGCAUAGGUGUAAAGAUUUUCUGGUUAAAGCUUUCUUGCAAAUAAAGAAAAGAUGGGAUUUCGAGAAUGCACCACUGAUUAAAAUAUCCUUGUUGGGUCCGAAAAAUGCGAUGAGCGAAGAAAUAAGAAAAGAUAACCCUUCAAUCCUACCCAUUGCCGAAGUACGACGUACGUCUGGAGUAUUUGAGAUGAGCUCUCUACCGCCGGUGGAGUUGGAGGUGGAGGUCGUCGAUGAGUCUAUGGAAGACGACACCCCCGAAAUGAUACCCGCUGACAGGUUCACACUGCCAGCGCGCGCUGACGCCGUGGUGGAGUUAUGGCGCACCAAGCUGGCCGAGGGUGUUCUCUCACCGGCACACUUCCAGGACCAUUGGCGGGUCACUGUGCCCAGGAUAUACUCGCCGCAGCCCAACAGGACAUGUCUUGACUGGUCUUUCGACGAGGAGCUGGCUCAAAAGCUACUGAUCCAGCCACUGGAACAGUUCGUAUGGGGCGGCGCGGACGGGUCGCGAGUGGUGCCUCCACGUCGCUCCACGCUAUGUGGCCGCGUCUUUAAACAGGGCGAGCCAGCCUACAGCUGUCGUGAGUGCGGUAUGGACAACACAUGCGUGCUAUGCGUCGAGUGCUUCAAGGUGUCGGCGCACCGGCACCACAAGUACAAGAUGGGUCAGUCUGGUGGCGGCGGAUGCUGCGACUGCGGAGACACCGAGGCUUGGAAACGGGAUCCAUUCUGCGAGCUACACACUGCACCCGACGAUGAGGAACAAGAAUCCCAGUCGAGCAUCGGGCCAGAUGUGCUGGAUCGGAUGAAAAUCGUCGCCUACGUCUGUCUAUCUUACUGCUUCAGACUGUUGACAUUAGACCAUGCACCAGGACUGCCAAAUGAUCUUAGAUUGAAAGACGCAGAGAGAGACCUGUUACAAAUCUUAGACCAGCCGGACUGUUACUGCACUGUGCUGUAUAACGAUGAAACUCAUACUUUUGAGCAGGUGAUAGCCACUCUCAACCGCGUGCUGAAAUCUAACCACCGCGACUCCGUGGAGCUGGUGAGCCUCAUAGACCGCGAAGGUCGCGCUCUGGUCAAGUGCAACUCAUUCCAAAUCUGCGACAAGCUCAAGACAGACAUUGAGACCCACACGGCGAUGUUCGAAAGGUUCACGUCGCGGCACGGGCCCGUGCUCAAGGUGCUGGUGAUGCACGCACACGUCAUCGCCCACCAGACCUUCGCCAUGAAGCUCUUGACCUGGCUCCAGAACUUCGUGAGCCAGGAGCAGCGGCUGCGGCUGGUGGUGAGUCGCGUGGCGCUGGGCGAAGAGGGCUGCGCGGCGGCGGGCGGCGCAGGUAGUGGGGCGGUGGGCGGCGCGGGCGGCGUGGCGGGCGGUGUCAUGCAGAACGACUGCCGCAUGUGGAAGGCGGCGCGCACGGCCUGGCACCGUCUACUCAUUGCCACCACGCUCAUGGACUACGACACCAAGCGCACCAUGGCGAUACUCUUCACCAAGAACUAUGGAUCGAUUUUGAAGGAUUUCAUCCGGGACGACCACGAUCACUCGUUCUCCAUUUCUUCUUUAUCCGUACAGCUGUACACAACACCUACUCUCGCACAUCAUCUAAUCGCGAAGCACGACGCGUUGUUCGUCGUUAUGAAUACAUUUGUUAGCGAAUGUCUACGGCGGUGUAACAGUAAAGGUCGUCUGGAGUUCGAUCGCAAUCAUGUAUCAAUGGCUUUUAAACGUGCACAAUUUAUACUGUACGAUGUAAAAUACUUACUAGGCUCCGUGCCAACAAACUUCGAUGAUGAUUUGCGCAAGGGAUUUCUUCAUGGACUAUCACUGAUCAUCUCACUCCUUGUGAUGAUGCAGGGAAUGGAUUCUGUAGUCCGACAAAGGGGUCAGCACAUGGAGUACGAGCCCGAGUGGGAGUCGGCAUUCAACCUGCACGUGAAGUUGGCGCACAGCAUCACGCUAGCGCUAGAGUGGUGCAGCGCAGAGCGUGCCUUGCUCGCUUCCGCGUACCGCAUGGCGCUGCGCCGCCACGCCGACACCUGCGCGCACGCACAGCACCAACUGCGCGAGCUGGGCAACCAGAGCGCGCUGGUGAUUCCAUACGACGUGUCAAGCGAGCCUGUGUCGAUCCACCGGCCGCUGUCGCGGUUCAUCGCUGGUUUACAUCUGCAGUUACAGCGUCACGGCCUGUCCUACCACAGCCGAGAGUUCGACCGCCACGAGCGACCCAAGCCCACGCCUGAAGAGCUCAUCGAGCCUGUGCUGUGCACGAUGGCAAUGAUAGCCCAGGUGCACGCGGGCAUGUGGCGACGCAACGGCUACGCGCUGCUCAACCAGCUCUACUUCUACCACAACGUCAAGUGCCGCUCCGAGAUGCUAGAUCGGGACGUUGUCAUGUUGCAGAUUGGUGCGUCCCUGAUAGAGAGCAACGAGUUCAUAAUCCACGUGCUGAACAAGUUCAACCUGUUGGAGUGGGCGGCGCCAGACUUCGAGCAGCAGAACGUCGAGUACGACACGCUGCGCCAGACCAGCAGCAUGGUGGAGGAGUUCCUGGGGCUGCUCAUUACUGUGGUUGGUUCACGAUAUGUUCCGGGCGUCGGCGAAGUGACCAAUGACGAUAGAACGAAGAAAGAGAUCAUUCAGAUGUUGUGCGUGAAGCCGAUGCCACAUUCUGAACUUAAUAGGUCACUCCCAGAAGAUCAACUUCAUGAAACUGGUUUAGAAGCUGUCAUUCAUGAAGUAGCAGACUUUGUGAAGCCACAAGGUGGGAACAACCGUGGAGUGUACAAGCUAAAACCUCAUUUAUACGACGAAUAUGAUACAUUCUUCUAUCACUAUACAAGAGAAGAACUGUCUAAGAGUGAAGAAGAACAAAGGAAUCGGAGGAAAGCUGCUGGGCUCGCGGAGUGCUGCCCGCCGCCGCCGCUACCGAAGCUGUCGCCGGCGUUCCGGCUGCUGGCCAGCCUGCUGCAGAGCGACGCGGCGCUGCACGUGCUGCGCUGCGUGCUGGAGCGUGCGCUGGACCUGCGCGCGCGCUCCUUCUCCGAGACUCAAGUGCACAAGGCCCUACAUCUGAUAGGCUACGCGAUUCGCGACGAAGAGAGUGGUCACUAUGAGUUCCUAGCAUUCGCUGAGAGUGCACAGCGCAGCGGCCUUCUCGCCUUGCUGCAGAAACUGACCACUUGCCCACGUGUGGACGCUCACAUCCCACUCGCUAAAUGGCUGCUCGCGCGGAUCAAGGCACUCUUAGGCCAGACCGAUGAACACGCGGGCGAUGGUGACAAUAUGGAAACCGAUCAAGAGGACAAGCAAUCUGCUGAAGAUCCAGCUGAUGCAGAGAAAGCAAGGCGAGCCAAGUUGGCAGCAGAGAGGCGCGCGAAGCUGAUGGCUCAGAUGAAGACACAAAUGAACAAUUUCAUAUCCAACAAUGCUGUGCUUUUCGAGGAAACAACCACGGAGGUGACGGCCGAGGAGCAGGUGUUGCGUCCGCUGUACGCGGGCGCGGCGCUGGGCGUGUGGGGCGGCGGCGUGCCCGACGCCACGCGCGUCUGCAUCAUGUGCCAGGAGGAGGCACGAGUGGAGGCGAAAUCAGAGCCGCUUGUUUUGGUCGCAUUCGUGCAGCACUCGAGCGUGUUGAGUAGAGAGCGGGCGCCUCCUCGAUGCACGCGCGAUGCCUGGCCCACCGCUGGGCUGGGCGCCCAGCCCCACGUGUCCAGUUGUGGGCACGCACUGCACGCGCGCUGCUGGCGCAAAUACGUUGACGCAGUGCGCGACAAGGAGAAGAUAAGGCCCUAUCGACUUCGCCAACCAGCGGCCUUCGAUGUGGAGAAGAAAGAAUACCUUUGUCCAUUGUGUGAGCGGUUGUGUAAUACUGCUCUACCUCUUCUUCCUGCGCCGUCGUUACUGGGCGGCACUCCGCCUCCACUUUCUGAAGGAACAUUCGCUGAAUCUGUCGAUCUCAUUUUAAAGCUUAAACAUCAGGUAUCGUCGGAGGCGGUGCACGUGUGCACGGAGUACUGCGAGGAGAUGCAUUGCCGCGCGCGAGCGCGCAGCGUGGGCGCCGCGUCGUCGGAGGCCGAAGACGAGGCCGAGGCUGAGGCCGAGGUGUACGCCUCCACGCACGCCGAGACGCUGCUGCCCGCAGACCUCCUAGCGCACUUCGGCUCCGCGCCCGUCAGCUACGAACUCGUCGCCGCACUAGUCGAGGACUUCGUGCGGAUGCUACCAAUCGUGUGCAACUCGUUGGAGACUGGUGGAUUGGUCUCCAUAGCGGCGCUGUACCGAUCUACAUCAUAUACAAUAAUGAGUACAAAUGCCGUAUUACAAGCCGAAAGGAGGCCAUUAUUAGGCGACCUACCUUCAAGGCACAGAGACGCCUUGCAAGCCCUUGUACGAUUAGCAGCAGCUAUCCCGUCAGUGUGGUCACUACCUAAGCAUGUGUCCCACCAUGCACUCAGCACGUUAAACACAUUGGAGCGUACAUCGCCAUUAACACACGAAGUGUUCGGCACGCUCGUGGCUCUGGUUCUAACAGUGCCAUCGAUAUUCUGUAAAGCAGCAGGCCCGGCGAGACCUACACAUUUAGCUAGACAAAUCACCUUGGAAGCAUUCAGGGCUGCACUUACUAAAGCCCUCAUAGCGGUUGAUGUUUCAUCGUGCAUCAGCGAACCAAUGGAAGAACAAGAAGGGACACAAACAUUCAAAACGAAACCUGAUCUUGAAAAUCUUCUUACUUUUAUGAAGGAGCUUCGGAGGGGCAACCUUGAAAUUGAAAAUCUCAGUGCAAUCGAUGUUUGGGAGUGUAUCAAACGUCAAUGUCAUGGGUUCUUGAGGUGCUGCUGUCUCUUCUUCCACUUUUUGAGCGAUAUAAUACCACCCACAGAACUAACUGUGGUGCAUGGUGACACGUGGGAAGUUAUGUGUGGAUAUUUAGACCUUCCGAGCACCUAUAAAGAGUUGAUGGACACACCAUUAGCGAGGAAGAAGGCGUUAGAAUGGUCAGCGUUAUCAAAUGAGUGGUUCAACGGUGAAUUGCAGCCACAUAUUGUGCUUGAGCCGAGUGAACCGCCACGCCUUAUACCACUGCCGGAAGAUUUCUCGGAGCUUAUGAAUGUGGUGUCAGAAUUUUCUUGUCCUAAUUCGGAACGUGAGGACAGCAAGUUCCCUACCAUGUGCUUAGUCUGCGGACAGAUACUGUGCUCGCAGAGCUAUUGCUGUCAAAUAGAAGUACGAAAGAGCGGACGCAGCGGCGGCACGGAACACAUCGGCGCGGUGGUGGCGCACGCGAUGAGCUGCGGCGCGGGCGCCGGCGCGUUCCUGCGCGUGCGCGAGUGCGAGCUGCUGUUGCUGGCCGCGCCAGCGCCCGCCCGCGGCGCCAUGCUGCCCGCGCCCUACCUCGACUCGUACGGCGAGACGGACCAGGUGCGUACACUCCGUACACUGCGCGUGCGUGAGUGCGAGCUGCUGCUGCUGGCCGCGCCCGCGCCUGCCCGCGGCGCCAUGUUGCCCGCGCCCUACUUCGACUCGUACGACGAGACGGACCAGGUGCUACUCGUACACUGCGCGUGCGUGAGUGCGAGCUGCUGCUGCUGGCCGCGCCCGGCCUGCCCGCGGCGCCAUGCUGCCCGCGCCCUACCUCGACUCGUACGGCGAGACGGACCAGGUGCGUACACUGCACGUACACUGCGCGUGCGCGAGUGCGAGCUGCUGCUGCUGGCCGCGCCAGCGCCCGCCCGCGGCGCCAUGCUGCCCGCGCCCUACCUCGACUCGUACGACGAGACGGACCAGGUGCGUACACUGCACGUACACUGCGCGUGCGUGAGUGUGAGCUGCUGCUGCUGGCCGCCGGCGCGCCCGCGGCGCCAUGUUGCCCGCGCCCUACUUCGACUCGUACGGCGAGACGGACCAGGUGCGUACACUGCACGUACACUGCGCGUGCGUGAGUGUGAGCUGCUGUUGCUGGCCGCGCCAGCGCCCGCCCGCGGCGCCAUGCUGCCCGCGCCCUACCUCGACUCGUACGGCGAGACGGACCAGGUGCGUACACUGCGCGUGCGUGAGUGCGAGCUGCUGCUGCUGGCCGCGCCCGCGCCUGCCCGCGGCGCCAUGUUGCCCGCGCUCUACUUCGACUCGUACGACGAGACGGACCAGGUGCGUACACUGCACGUACACUGCGCGUGCGUGAGUGCGAGCUGCUGCUGCUGGCCGCGCCGGCGCCGCCCGUGGCGCCAUGCUGCCCGCGCCCUACUUCGACUCGUACGGCGAGACGGACCAGGUGCGUACACUGCACGUACACUGCGCGUGCGUGAGUGCGAGCUGCUGCUGCUGGCCGCCCGCGCCCGCCCGCGGCGCCAUGCUGCCCGCGCCCUACCUCGACUCGUACGGCGAGACGGACCAGGUGCGUACACUGCACGCACACUGCGCGUGCGCGAGUGCGAGCUGCUGUUGCUGGCCGCGCCCGCGCCCGCCCGCGGCGCCAUGUUGCCCGCGCCCUACCUCGACUCGUACGGCGAGACGGACCAGGUGCGUACACUGCACGUACACUGCGCGUGCGUGAGUGUGAGCUGCUGCUGCUGGCCGCGCCCGCGCCUGCCCGCGGCGCCAUGUUGCCCGCGCCCUACUUCGACUCGUACGGCGAGACGGACCAGGUGCGUACACUGCACGUACACUGCGCGUGCGUGA